CCAGCGCGCGCUGUUAGCUCGCCUGUCUCCGGACCCUGCGUGCCGCCUGGUCCGGGUAAUCUGCCGCUUCAGAGGGGUCUUCCACGGCUUCGGCAGCCCGAGAACAAGGAGGGAAGUUGUAUUUUGUCGCUCCGCGUCUGAAGCCGCCUGUCAUCGCUCUCAAAGCUGCCCGUCGACAAACUUGUGGCAGAAACGAGAAGUUGGAACUGAAUGGCCGAGAGCUCCUCAGACCCACCUAACCUCAAUCCAGAUGGAUCGUCGCAUCAAAAGCCACAUCAGCCCAAGUCUCGACGAGGUCGACCCAGAAACAACAGCGACAGAAACCUGAGCAGUGAUAGUCAUGAUUUUCCACAACAUUAUGGACACUUUUAUCAGAACUAUACCCCGUAUUCCCCCCAGAACUCUUCCAAUUCUGCUGAGUAUUACCGUCCUCCCUACCCUGCAGAGGACGCAGCCAGAAGACGAGGCAGAGGAAGAGGGAGAAGAGAAGGUAACCGAGGAUUCAAUGGGAACUUUGGUAGUUCAGGUCCUUCAUGGCAAGGAGGAAGUGACUUUGUCCCGCACAGUGACACUAACAGAUAUGCAGGAGCUUACCACUCAGGUGCUCGUCCCAUGGAUGGACCCGAUGGACCCAACUGGCGGAGCGGAUAUGUGAACCGGAAUUUGGAUCAAACAAAUGAAAAUCAAGAUGCCAGAUCGAAGAAACCGCGGAAGUUUGGCCAUGAGCAGAGGAGAGAAGAGCAGCACCAGAGGAGAGUUCAUUUAAAGGAAGACAACAUGGCAGUUGAGAAUCAGAGCUCACACACUUCUUCUGAAAAAAAUGCACGAGUUCAGCCAAACACUACAAGCUCAGAGUAUCAACAAAAUAGUCAUCAGAAGAACCCUAAUUAUCUGAAGAGACGCCAGGGGCCAAUCAAACCUCCAAAGCCACCAGCCCACGAGGAGGAAGGCUCAGAAAGGGGCGCCAGCGGCCAGGACGACUCCGACCACGGCACAUCAUCUCACAAGUCAGCAGGAAGAGCGUCAGGACGACUGACAGCUCCUCAGGCCAGAGGGGGCCGACGACCACACCAACAGAACUAUCACAAAGACAACCAGAGGAGCUGGGACAAGGUGCCCAAGAGCAAAGAGACGCAAACAGGCUGCCUGAUCGAGCAGCUCUCUGAGGAGAAGUACGAGUGCAUGGUUUGCUGCGACAUCAUCCGGGUCAUGGCGCCGGUGUGGAGCUGCCAGAGCUGCUACCACGUCUUCCACCUGAACUGCAUCAAGAAAUGGGCCCGAUCCCCGGCCUCGCAGGCGGACGAUUCAGCUGAAGGGUGGCGCUGUCCAGCCUGCCAGAACGUCGCAACAAAGCACCCGACCUCCUACUCCUGCUUCUGUGGUAAAGUGACGAACCCAGAGUUUCAGCGAAAUGAGAUCCCCCACAGCUGUGGUGACAUGUGUGGCAAAAAGAGGAGUGGAGUGGACUGCCACCAUCCCUGCAACAUCUUGUGUCACCCCGGACCUUGUCCUCAGUGUCCCGCCUUCGUAACAAAAUCCUGCGUCUGUGGGAAAACGAGUCAGCCGAUGAGAUGCGGCCAGGCCGCCGUGCUGCAGUGCGACCAAGUGUGCGGCGCUGCGCUCAACUGUGUCAAACACACCUGCGUGCAGGUGUGCCACAGCGGGGCGUGCCAGCCCUGCCAGCUGCCGGUUCAGCAGGUUUGCUACUGCGGUGUUGCCACUCGAGAUGUCCUGUGUGGCACAGACCAAGAAGGAUUUGACGGUUCGGGACAUUUCUCCUGUCAGAAACUAUGUGGAAAGCAGUUGAGUUGUGAAGCUCACCGGUGCGAGCAGGUGUGCCACCGGGGGCCGUGCCAGCCGUGCCCUCGCUCCCCGUCCCUGGUGAAGACGUGCCCGUGCGGCCAGACGCCGCUGACCAAGCUGCUGGAGCUGGGCUACUCCGAGCGGCGAAGCUGCUCCGAUCCCAUCCCCUCCUGUGGAAGGACCUGCAGCAAACCCCUGCCGUGCGGCUCAAGCGACACCAUCCAUCUGUGUGAGAAGCUGUGCCACGAGGGCGACUGUGGGCCCUGCUCUCUGACCUCCACUGUCAGGUGCCGCUGUGGCUCCAAGAUGAAGGAGGUCCCGUGUGAACAAAUCCAAAAAGAAGACGAACUUGUUUUCACUUGUGAGCGGCGCUGCAACAAGAAACGCUCCUGCGGUCGACACAAAUGUGGCGAGCUCUGCUGUGUGAGCGCGGAGCACAAGUGCCCCCUGAUCUGCGGCUACAAGCUGAACUGUGGCCUCCAUCGCUGCCAGGAGCCCUGUCACCGUGGAAACUGUGAACCCUGCUGGCAAUCCAGUUUUGACGAGCUGACGUGCCACUGUGGGCUCUCUGUGCUCUACCCACCCAUCCCCUGCGGUACCAAGCCUCCAGAGUGCAAAAACCUCUGUACCAGAAGACACGAGUGUGACCAUCCAGUGUUUCACAACUGCCACAGUGAAGAGAAAUGUCCCCCCUGCACCUACCUCACUCAGAAAUGGUGCAUGGGGAACCACGAGCAACGCAGCAACAUCCCCUGUCACCUCCAAGACAUCUCCUGCGGGCUGACCUGCAGCAAGACGCUGCCCUGCGACAUGCACCGCUGCAAGCGCACCUGCCACCGGGGGGAGUGCCUGGCGGACGGCGGCUGCCAGCAGCCCUGCGCGCUCCCCCGUCCAGACUGCAGCCACCCCUGCUCCGCCCCCUGCCACAAGGGCAGCAGCUGCCCACGCACCACCUGCACGGCGAAGGUUGCUCUGCAGUGCGCCUGUGGUCGAAGGAAGGAAACCGUGGCCUGCACUGAAGCAACCAGUUCCUACCAGAAGUACGCAGCGAUCGCUGUGGCCAGUAAACUGUCCGACAUGCAGCUCGGCAACUCCAUGGACAUCGGGCCGCUUCUCUCCAAGAAGGAGCUAAAACAGACGAGGCUGGAAUGUGAUCAGGAGUGUGCCACGCUGGAGCGGAACAGGCGCCUGGCCGAGGCGCUGCAGAUCGAGCCGUCGUCCGACCCCUUCAGCGUUCGCUCCACCUCCGUGUACAGCGACAGCCUCAAAGACGACGCCAGGAAAGACCUCAGAUUUGUCACUGAAGUCGAAGAGAAGAUAAAAAAUCUUGUUGAGCUUGCAAAUAAGGGGAAACAGCCGAAGAAGAGCCACUGCUUCCCGCCGAUGAACAGAGAGCACCGGAAGAUCAUCCACGAGCUGGCCGAGGUGUACGGCGUGGAGAGCGUGAGCUACGACAGCGAGCCCAAGAGAAACGUGGUCAUCACAGCCAACAAGGGGAAGUCGGCCUGUCCAAACGCGACGCUGGCGUCCCUGAUAGAGCGGGAGACGGCGGCGAGGGCCCCUCCCCCCAUCGCUCAUAUCAAACAGCACAGCAGCAAGGUCACCGGUGAGAGUACCUGGUCCAAGGCCGUGAAGGAAGAGCCUGUUAUCGAUUAUUUUGACGUCCAGGACUGACACGAAGAAGAAAAUCCUCAGGUUCAACUUGAAACAUUAAAUCUGCAGUUGCCAAAAAGGCUCGUUUGGUUUUAAUCCAAGAUCAGUCAAUAUUUCCUCUGGUCUCACAAACUAAUAAAGAUACAUUUGCGAAUAUUU